CUUCCAACCGUGGCCCGCCCUCCAGCAUUUUCAGAGUGUAUAUAUAAAUGCACGUACAGGCGUUUAAGAACUCCAUAUUGAAGCGAAGUUGAUAUUCCAUUAGAGGCCUAAAUUGAAAGUGUUAAUUUCUGAUCAUUUUAGUUGCUGUGAUUUAGAGAGAGAGAGAGAGAGAGAUGCAUUCCGCAAAGGAGAAGAUAAGCAACAUGGCCAGUGCUGCCAAGGCGCACGUUGACAUCUCCAAAGCCAAAGUCGAUGAGAAGGUGGAGAAAGCAACAGCUAGAUCAAAGGAAGGGAAGCAUGUAGCUGAGGAGCAAAGGAAAGCCAAGGAGGCUGAAGCCAAGAUGAGGCUUCACGAGGAAAAGGCGGAGCACGCGGCCGAGAAGUUCCAAGGCAAGCACUCCCACCUCCUUCACGGCCACCAUCAGCCGGUGGUUGGAACUCAUGACCACCAUCAGCCGGUCGCUGGAACUGCGGCCCCUGGGACCACGGUUCCAACUAACCCUCUAGGAGGACACACUACUGGACAUCAUCAUAACAAGUACGUGUAGGUUCUCUAUUGAGAGAGAGAGAGAGAGAGAGAGAGAGAGAGAGAGAGUUGGUUAUUGUUUUCGUUGUUUUGGUUUUCCUUUGAAUGUCGGGUUGGGUGUUUGUUGGUAUGUUCAUCAAUUAUCAGUUUAUGGAUUGGGUGCCUUGUUGAGUUUGUACCAAAAACAGAACAAGUAUGAAGUGAUAAUGUAUAUGUGUGGA